CCGCCUGUCAACGGGGGGGAUCAACCUGUGCUGUCAUGGACAAAUAUCGACCAAAGAGGCCGACCACCCUGGCUCUGUUCCCACAGCUGCCACAGGCCGGCACCCAGGACACCAUCAACAACAACUCUUUCGGAAAGAAGGACAGUUGGAAGGAGUCCCACUCUUCCUCUCCACACAUCACAGGGGAUCUAGCGCCACCGGAUGUUAAACCAAAAGCAGAGGACAAAGUCCGGCACAACACGCGCCGCCCUGCACCGAAACCUCCCACAGCCAAUGAGGCCAAAAGCCGGACCAACACUCAGGCGGCCGCCAACGCCUCCUCGGACGCUCGCACUCGUCUACGGGACAAACAGGGGACGGGGGCCACGCACACACAGGCCUCCAUCACUCCGAGGAGUCAGAGGAGAGGAGCAGCUACAGCAGCAGGAGGAGGGAGAGGAGGAGGGAGAGGAGGAGGAGGAGGAGGAAGAGGAGCAGCAGUGAUGAGAGACAGGAGCCUGGGGGACGUCAAGGGGAAGGAUGGAGUGACCGCAGGGAGGGAGGAGAGGAGAACAGGGAGGCUGUGUGCGGAGGCCAAGGCCAAGGAGAAGGAGAGGAAUGUACAUCAGAGGCCCAGAGAAACAAAUGGACUGAAGAGCCGGGGGGCCGAGGGGAAAGGGAGAGCGGGUUCUAAAGUGGGGAACCGAGGAGGAGGGGGACUGAAACCAAAUAACCUGCUGGCGAACCAGGAGGUAUACCUGCCGGCCAUGGUGGUCCCACGCACACCUGUAGCCCCGAGGACCCAGGAUAAGACCCAGGACAAGACCCAGGACAAGACCCGGGACAAGACCCAGGACAAGAUCCAGGUUAAGACCCGGGACAAGACCCAGGACAAGACCCAGGACAACACCAAGGAGCAAGGCCAAAGCCAUGACGGGACCCAGGAUAACCCCCGGGCCAUGUCCCGGUCCAGCAGUGAGGGGGGGUCAAACAGGAUGUCCCUAAGCUCUGACACAGAGGGGCCCCCACCAGGGCCCCCCCCAGGGCCCCUGCACCCGUCUCUAUCCCACCGAACCAACUCUGACAUCAGGGAGGAGGACGGGGAGGGAGACCCAACUCCCUGCCGGAAUGUCCAGAACCGUCCGUCCCUCUGCCCUGCGGGGGAUGAAAUCACUGAGAUGGACUGCACCAUGUCAGAGGUGGAUGCAGGGGGGGGACGAGGUGACAGGCACUCAGCUGUCUUUCAGGGAGAUGCUGUGGCUGCUCGGACUCUAACAAAGAGCGGGACUGCAGCAGCGUUGAAUUAUGACUCAGUGAAAUACACUCUGGUGGUGGACGAACACGCUCGGCUGGAGCUCGUCCGCCUCCAGGACUGUUUGCACGGAAACAACGAGCACAACGACGACAGCGACACGGAGACGGUCUAUCAGUCAGCCAAUGAGGACGAAGACACAGAUUAUGAGGAGGAGAGGAAGAGGAGCGAGGAAGUAAGAAACCAAGAGAGAAGAAAGGACAAGGAGGAGGCGAAGAAGAAGAGGUGGGAAGAAGACGUGAAGAGGAGGAGAGAGGAGGAGGUGAAGAGGAGGAAGGACGUGGUAACAAAGAUCGGCAGACAGUCCAAGGUAACGUUGAGCACAGCGUCAGGGGAGGAGGAGUCUCUUGGAGGAAGAGGCGGAGCUCCCAGCAGCAGGAAGUUCCUCAACCUGUUUGCCAACAACAGCCAUUACAGCGCCACUGGCGCCGGGUGUUUUGGUGUCUUCUCCUGUGUUCUGGACGGAGUGGAGCGACCGCAGAGCCACCGUGCCGUCUACAGGUUCGUCCCCCGUCAUGCGGACGAGCUUCAUCUGGAGACGGACGACCCGGUGCUGUUGCUGAAGCAGUGCGAGGACCUGUGGUGUCAGGGUUACAACAUGAGGACCGGAACUACGGGCAUCUUCCCGGCCUUCUACGUCGUCAAGUUGGACAAAGAUAUUAACCAAGUACAGAAAGACGGUUGGGUAGAAAAGUUCCAGGUGCGAUUCCUGGGUUCGGUUCAGGUCCCGGUCCACAAAGGCCGCGACGUGAUGUGUGCCGCGAUGCAGAAGGUUGCAUGUAACAGGCGGUUAGCAGGUCAGCCUCCCUCGGCCUGUGUGCUGGAGGUCAGUCUGAAGGGGGUGAAGAUCAACGUCCAGGACCAGUGUCACUCUGCUCACAGGGGUGACCAGUGUUUCCACUUUUUCCAGUUGAAGAACAUCUCGUUCUGUGGUUGUCAUCCAAAACACAGCAAGUAUUUUGGUCUCAUCACCAAACAUCCCGACCAACACCGCUUCGCUUGUCACGUGAUGAUGUCAGAUACAACAUUACAUCCUCUGGCCGAGUCUGUGGGGAGGGCGUUCCAGCAGUAUUACAAGGAGCACAUCGGCUACUCCUGCCCCACUGAAGACAUCUUCAUCGAAUAGCACCUCUCCUCCAUCCUUUGUACUGAAUACUCACUAUGUGCAUGUAAGCCUGGUCUUACACCGCAGACUGGACGCUGAUAUAUCUUCAUCAGAGAACUUGCAUGGUGGAUUUUCUUUUCUCAUCUGUGACACAGCGAGCGUUUCCUCCCUUUGACCUUGUCUCAAAAGUAACACCUCUAUGGAUUGAUAGGAUCACGUGAGAUGUCCCCAACAAAUGUAACAUAACCCAAACAAAUAUCUGAUAUUGAUAUAUUUUAUAGAGUCAAAUAACGUAUACGUAACUACACAAAAGUAUUGGUAGGUAAAGUACGUAGGGAGUACGGAGGCAAUUUAAAGACAGAAGGUUUACAGUUUAUAGUCUCUGAAAGUGGACCCAGUGCGUAAACCAAAAAUACCCCCCCCCC